GCACCCCGGGAGUCUUAAAGGACUCUCCAGGCCCCCACCCCUGCCCCGCUGUCGCCGGCGCCGCUGCUGCCCCUGCUGCUGCUGCUCCCAGCCAUGGCGGAGACUGCCAAGCUCCAGCUGUUUGUUAAGGCUCUUGACGGUGGGAGGCAGCGCUCUCUCCGGCACAGUUCUUAGGUCUGCUCUCUGCCCUGCUCCUCUACUGCCCGCACCCCAGGCCAGCGAGGACGGUGAGAGUGUGGGACCCUGCCCUUCUUGCCAGCGGCUCUUCAUGCUCCUGCUUCUCAAGGGCGUGCCCUUCACCCUGACCACCGUGGACACUCGCAGGUCCCUGGAUGUGCUUAAGGACUUUGCCCCUGGCUCGCAGCUGCCCAUCCUUCUCUACGAAGGCGACGCCAAAACAGACACACUGCAGAUCGAGGAGUUUCUGGAGGAGACGUUGGGGCCCCCUGAAUUCCCCAGCCUGGCGCCCCGCUACGGGGAGUCCUCCACGGCCGGCAACGACGUCUUUCACAGGUUCUCGGCCUUCAUCAAGAACCCGGUGCCCACGCAGGACGAUGCCCUGUACCAGAUGCUGCUGCGAGCGCUCACCAGGCUGGACGGCUACCUGCGCACGCCCCUGGUGCACGAGCGCGCGCAGGAACCCCAGCUCCGCGAGUCGCGCCGCCGCUUCCUGGACGGCGACGAGCUCACGCUGGCUGACUGCAGCCUGCUGCCCAAGCUGCACAUCGUGGACACGGUGUGCACGCACUUCCGCGGAGCGCCCAUACCAGCCGAGCUGCGCGGCGUCCGCCGCUACCUGGACAGCGCGCGGCAAGUGAAGGAGUUCAAGUACACGUGUCCGUCCGGCGCUGAGAUCCUUGCAGCCUACCGGAUGGCCGUGCGCCCCCGCUAACCCCUCCCCCGCCAUCUCCAGCGACCACCUGCCCCCUCUCCGACAGCCCCAUAAAGGCAGCUGUGCCCCAGGG